CCUAAAUUCAAUAUGGCGGAAUGACAUGUUUUUGUACACAAAAGAAUCGUUGUUUUUGUGUACUGAUGUCAUAAUUAAAAAUAGUAUUGCGAUAGAAAAGUUCAUAAAACAUAAGUGAAGGAAGCAACAUUAUACAAUGAGCUCACCUGAGCACGCCAUGCAUUUGGGCACACCAGACGUGAUCCCUAUGUUGUUUGAUGAAGCGCUACCACCUGGUUGGAAACGCCAGGUUGUCCAGCGAAAGGAUGGAAAAACAGCCGGCAAAUAUGAUGUUUACGUUCUCAGUCCCAGUGGGAAGAAAUUUCGUUCCAAUAAGGAGCUGGAGCGAUUUGGUGAGGAAGAAGACUUAGGCUUCGAUCCCACAGAGAUUGACUUUACUGUACGGGGAAAGAAAAAUAAAUCGACACCAGUGGCCAGCAAGAGGCCUAAACCGUCAUCCAAAGUACUGAUAUCGAAUCCCUUCUCUUCAAAGUCCAAGAAAGAUUUAAAACAAUUAAAACAGUUCAAGAAGAGUCCUAAUAAAACAUUGUCACAAAAAUUGGUGGUUAAAAUGACUUUUGGGCCGGUGAAAACAAAAAAUCGAUCAUUUGAAGAGGACAUUGAAAAAAUCAAUGAAGCGAAAAGAACAAUGGAUGAGGAAUUAGAAAAUAAUACAUAUAUUCCGAGUGUCUCAAAUCCAGAUUUAGGUCAAAGUGGGUCUAACGAAACGACAGUGUCGAAGAAAAAUAAUAAUAAUAAUAAAAAGAGGAAAAAGUCCACUGAUAAAAUAGUUUCAAAGAAGAAACAAAAAAUAGGUGAUUCAGAGAAAGAAAAUAGUAAUAAAAUUAAAAAACAGAUAAAAGAUAGCAGAAAAAGUACUGAUAGUGUUGAAAAUGUACAGACUGGGAAUGAGGCGGGUAAAAAGGUUCGCCGGAAGAGUAGUAAGGGUGAGAGAAGACAGAGUGCUGAUUCAGGAUAUGCUCGUCAUGGCGGAGAUCGGGAGCUGAUGGUUCUGGCGAAUAUUCGGGCAUCAUCGCGCAGUGAACGUUACCGACGAAGUCAUAGCGCGAAGGUUGAAAGUGAGGAAGAGGGGCCAGCGGUUGAAGACGUUGUAGUGCCUGAGCGAUAUGACCCUAGCACGUACGCGGAAGAUGAUAACAGUCAGGAUUCCCCGUGGGUAGAUGAUGCUGAAGAGGAGGAGAGUAUCCUGAGCCCGCAGGUUUUCUCCGGCCUCGUUAAAUACGCAUUUAUCCAUUCAUCAGCCAUGAAAUACAGUCCUGGGUCCCUUAUCCUCACCCGGGCGGACGAAGGCUGGUUGCUGGAGCUGUUACUUGAUAAUGCCAAGUCUGAGGAACCUGUUGUGGCCAUAGUGCUAAAUGGGCGGUCAAUCGAAAAGGUGGAGAUUGGUGAGCGAUUCUCACUGGACAUCUUUUCAGCAGAGUGUGGCUAUGUGUCAGUACAAUUGAAACCAGAUUCCGAGACAGCCAUCCGCCUACUGGAGUUACGUAUGAUUAUGGAUGAAGCGUCCAGUAUAGGUAAAGAUGAAGAGGAUAAUAGUCAUGAGGACAGUUCACUAAACAUCACAGGUCCAACAAUGGGACAGGAGGGAGCAGGCAACAGUAUUCAAAAAGUAGUCGUUUUGGAGAACAAGAAUGGCUCCGCCUCCAUGUUGGACCCGGCGCGCCUCAGUGCGAUGGCCCGAAUGGGGGAAGAUUUAGUUGGUGACGACCCCAUGGGAUACAGCUCUCCACUGUCUGAGUCUACCAUCGGGGAAAACAAAGUCCUGCAUGUUCCGGGGGAUUCCCAUUUCGUCCUAACUUCAGACGAAGAAAGAGUGUUUAAUGUUACAGACCCAAUAACUGUUCAAGACGCUUACCUUGCAAGUGUAAAAAUGGGUCACUUUAAUGGAAUGGACGAGCACACAUAUUCAGUGGUUCCAUGUGGUCGGACAGGUCAGUUAACGCCCGAAUCGAGCCGUAGGAAAGGUGGGCAGGCCAGUCCGCGCGUGACGAGUGCUGAGACCUCUCCAUUCGUGAGAAGAAGUAUUUCAACUGAGCUGGGUUCGCCAACAAGAGGAGGCUCGUUGGAGGCUGCACAGUCCGUAUCUUCUCCACGUCUCUCCCUCCGCAGUGACAACAGCUUUGAUGAAGAUUUUGGCGUAACACAUGGCUCAGAUAAUGAAGAAAUGUAUGAGGGGGACAGCCCGCCAUCUUCGCCGGCGGACUCGGGUGUGGAGAGUCAGUACUUCCUCUCCGGGUUGUUUCUGCCCCAGCCCCAGCUGCACCGGGACAUGCUCUGGGCCCCGCCCAAGUCCCCUUACAACCUGGUACAAGAGAGCCUUUUUCAUGAUCCCUGGAAACUACUCAUAGCGACUAUAUUCCUGAACAGGACUACAGGUAACGCAGCCAUUCCACUGUUGUGGCGAUUCUUCAACAAAUGGCCCAAUCCGGACGUGGCACGUAAAGGGGACGAGGAAGCUAUUGCAAAGCUCCUGCAGCCUCUUGGGCUGCACGAGAGGCGUGCACACACCAUCAAGCGAUUCUCAUAUGAGUAUCUUACUAAAAACUGGAAGUACCCUAUAGAGUUAUAUGGCAUUGGCAAAUAUGGAAAUGAUUCCUUCAGAAUUUUCUGCAAAAACGAAUGGAAGCAGGUGAGACCAGAAGACCACAAAUUGAACCUGUAUCACAGCUGGCUGACUGACAAUGCUGAGGCUCUUGGACUCUGCUGAAGAGAUUGAACACUUUGUACACGGAAUUUGCAAACUUUGAAGCAGAGAGAAUGCUCUUACUAGACUUCAUGCAUAUUUUGAAGUGUCAAGCGUGGAAGAACCUGGUUUGAUAAUACGCAGUAUGCUGUCAUCGAAAGUAGACUUUUAGAUGAAAAGCAUGAUUUUUUAACAUUACUGUUUAGCUGUAGAAAAUAAAAUAUGAAUUUUGAAUAAGCCUGGAAAAAAGGCUACUUACUUGUGUGGAGGUUGCAGGCUUAUUUAUAGUAACUUUUACCACUGUGUAUGUUUUUUCCAAAUUGGAAAAAUAGACGCAACCCUUGCUUGGGUUAUGGCGAAGAAAUCAUAUCUUAUAUCCAUACAUGCCAUAACAUAACUGGCUGGAUGGGGGGGGGGAUCCCCCUGAAUUUCGCUUAAUACUCCUCUCUCCUUUGUCCUUGUAGGUUCGUUCAUAGAGUCGGGCAUAUUUAAGAUUUACCUUGACAAACAGUAAACACCAAAUCGGUGUCCUUAAAAAUAGGAUGGGCGUGUUUUGCGUCAUGUGGCUCUCUCGUUUUAUGUGUAUGAAUGUAAUUCGCGGGAAAUGCAGAAUAUCCCCCUAGUUUAGGGCAAAAUUCCCUGGUUUUCAGAGGAAAUUCCCUGUGGGAAGCUGUAUAGAAAUAUGGCAUGUAUGCAUAUAUGUGUACUGUUUGUGGUUGUAAAUAGAGAAAGCAGUUAUUGCAAACACAUGUAUAUUUAAUUGUAACAGAAUUCCCAAAUGUUAAAUAAUUUUUUAAAAGGUUUUUGUUAGAUUAUUUAUAAACGUCCAGUUUGGUGCAUUUAUUUAUUUAGAGUCUAGACUAAUAAGCUAUAUUCACUAGUUACUAAGGCCUAAAAAGAAAAAAAUGCAUUUGGUUCGGGGUUACCCGACCCUACCCACGAAAUAGGCGCCAACACUACCGUUUUUAUAGUCAGUUUGAAAAAAAAAAUGAAAAACUAUUUUUUUUUUCUGUUAAUAUGUAGUUUAAAACCUUGAAUGAUUUAUACAGAAGAUUACUUUAACACUAUUCUCCAAUUAUGAAAUUGACAUUCUCAUAUAAAGCCCAAUAAAAAAAUUAAUUAAAAAAAGGAUGUAACCCUAACCAAACCAUUUUAAUUUUUUUAGGCUUAAUUGUUCAAUUUCAAUAUCGCAUUGUAAUAAAGUUGGAUUGAAUUUAUACUAAAAUCUCGAUGUCCAGGUAACUGGUUAUAAUAGAAAUGUAAAUAUAUUUUAUCCUAGAUGUUUUAUGAACAGUGUUUAUACACCCAAAAGGUCCAUUACAAAAUGUUUAAGUCAAAUAAGACCCAUUAUUUUAAGCUGAAAAAUGUACAAAGCCGAAGACGUACUGUAAAUAGCACAUAUGUAUUUAUAAAUUUUAUGUCUUUUUUGGUUUAAAAAAAAAUACAUGAUUCAUGCACAUAUUCUGUACAGUAUAUGAUUUAAGAUUUUGUUUCUUUCAUGUAAGGCCCUGCAAAUUUGGUUUUAUGUUAAGUGUUGUCAGCCAAGUAGAUUUUAAGUCUUAAAAGUAGAAGUAAAAAAAAUCUAAAUUAAGCAAAAAAAAUAAGGUUAUAAACCAUAUUAAUUCAAUUAGUAAACGUCACUUGUGCUCAAAAAGACCCAUUCAGGGGCAUUUUUCUGUGAGAGUUUUCAUGCAAUGUAACUUUAUUUUAUGACGACACCUUGAAAUCAUCUGUUUAAACAUUUAUUUGAUCACUUCUGCGUUAUUUGCUAUGAAGGGAAUUUGCGCGUACAUUUGUAGCAAAGAAAAUAAGAUUUGUGGGUUUUCUAUGAUGUGUUGUGUUUCUCCUGCAGGCUAGGUACGUUUUGGAAUUUUGAACAUGAUGCUAAACAUAGAAUCAAUUUUGUAAGUUACAAUUGGUUUAAUGUAAAAUAUUAUUUCAGGGUAAGCCAUCCAUCAUUAAUACAAAAAAAUGCUACUGGUAAUGUUUCAUUUUAAAGUUAAAAAAUGUUAAGUUUGAAUAUAUAUAAAAAAAAAAUACGUUUUCACCGAGAGGUUUUGAAUUAUUUUUUUUAUAUAGACAUAAUGUUAUCUAGGAAGCAAAUUAAUAAAAUUACUAUACAAUCAUGAUUUUUUUUUUACCUCCCCUUUAUAAGCAUGACAUUUUAUUGAAUUACCUCCCUUUAGUUUUUAUAUCAUAAUAGUAGCGUCAUUAUGGUGUUAUUAAAAAAUGUAAUCCAUAUAAAAUAGUAAAAUGGUUAAUCAAUAUAAAUUAAGCAUAGAAAUAUUCUGGAAUUAAACCCUUUGCAUGCUGGGUAAAUUGUCGUCUGCUCAAAAAUGUGGUCUGGUUUAUUCUAAAUUUCUUUCAAUUUACUUAAAACUUUGGGGAUAUAUUGACUGAGUAGCAAACAGCUUGGAACCUGACCAGGCGCCGAGUUACUCGGCGUCUGGUCUGGUUCCAAGUUGUUUGCAAAGCCUUUAAAAUCGCCAUCAGCAGCUUAAGGGUUAAUAUGUAAAAUCAGUAAACACAUCUUUGCAUCCAAAUGAUGGAUGGCUUACCUUAAUAAGUGUGUUACUGAGUUACUGAAGUAAAAUCAGUUAUUUCUUUUAUUUUAAAUAUAUAUUCCUUUAUGAUUUAUGAGAUGUACAUUGCACAGUUUGUAAGAUAUUGGACUAGUUGACCUAGAGAACAUUUGUAGAUGUUUGGUAUUUUAUUUGCUAUUUGUUAUAUCAUAUAUAGCAUUAAGCAUUAUUAUUUUAUUUGGCUGUACAUACAUAAAGAGACAUUGAACUUAUCGUUGUCAACCACGGUACUUAGUUCCGAUAUGCUUCAUAAAUACCGUGGGACAAUUGACUGACAAAAUCUCGAUUUAAUGAAUAUGCAUGAGGCAGGGGAGAUAACUCCUCUCCCAAUGAAUUUGCAUGUUACAAUUAGAUAUUUUUUAAUAACCCUUGAAUGUCAGUUGCCUCUAUGUUCGAGUAGCCUUGACUGCUGUCUAAUAUGAUUGUACUGAAAAGGCGGAACCCAGUCAAAGCAUCUGGAAUCUUGCGGAACCAAUGAAACUGCCUUAUUGAUUAUUCAUGAUUACGAGAUUUUCGUAGCCAAGUCGCCCACGGUACACAAAGAAGCAUAGCAUAGUACUGUAUUGAGGGUAUCCGACAGUGCAUGGAAUAUGAUAUCAUUAUAUAUUAUUUGAUGUUUCUGGUGAAUUAUUAUUACUUUUUAUUUUAUGUAUUUGGCCUGAUUUCGCAAAAGUAUCUUACUUCAGUAUCAGGCAUAUUUCAUAAACCUUAUUUAAUAAAACAAAUAUUUUUUUGUGAUUAUCUUAAAACUUUAAAAAUAUUGUUAAUUAUAAGGUUUCAAAAAUCUCCGACAGGAGAGAAAUACACAAUUUAUCUUUAUGACAAACAACGAUGAACAAUAUCUUUAUUACCAUUUUCACGAAAAAAAAAAAAUUGUCACUGUCAACAAACAUGGUGGCUGAAAAUGCCGGACGAUUUUGACAUUUUUUCUAUGCGUCUUUUAACCAAAAACAUAGAUUAAAAGUUUUUUCCUCGGAUUUUUCACAGAUUUAUUUCCCUGCGUCUAAUACCCCCUAUCGUCUUAUACCCAGUCAUUUACGGUAAUUAUUUAGUAAAAUCCAGAUUUUGUAUGAAAUUUACCUAAAUUAAAUAAGCUACUUAUCCUUGGUACACUUAAGAACUUUCUAGAAAUUGGGGCCGGGGCCGGGGUCAUAUAUAUGUUUCAGGCCUACUAGAAACUAUUAUGUUUUUGUAAGUUUAUCAUUUAUGUACUAUUUUAUUUGUUUCAAUGCAAAAACAGGGCAUGGGAGUGGGGGAGAUUAUAUGGAUAGACUAAAGUGACAUGUUUGGGCAUUAGCUUACUUUUUUUAACAUUUUCUAUUUUUGCUAAAAAAAAUCUUUGAUUGUAUCAUAUUAAAAAACUGUAACAAUGAAAACAAUGCUUAUAUGUGUAUUUCAUGGUUGUCUGUGGUUCAUUGAUAAAUAUAGAUGAAUAAUAACUCACCGAUUGACAGAUUUUAUAAAAAUUGAAAUUUCACUGUAUCGGCCAUUUUUGCCUGUUUCAAUGUAAAAAUAUAUAAGUUAGCGCACACAGUGCAGAGGAAAAAAAUCAUUUACUAGAAUUUGAAGCCAUUUUCCAUUUAAAUAUGAACUAAGAACUAAAUUUUAUGAAUUAUUGGCAUGAAAUAUAAUGAAAAAUACCGGUAGUUUGUUUUUUUCAGUGUGAGAUUGUAAUUCACGUCACCUCAUGAACUGUCAGAUCACCAAAAGUUAAUAAUUCACUUUGGGCUAAGUCAUUUAUGAAAUACAGCUUUUGUUUCUCACUCAGUGAAAUAUAUUACGAUCUUACACUCAGUGAAAUAUAUUACGAUCUUACACUCAGUGAAAUAUAUUACGAUCUUACACUCAGUGAAAUAUAUUACGAUCUUACACUCAGUGAAAUAUAUUACGAUCUUACACUGAAACAAACAAUUACUCUCUACUCAGUUUAUAAUACAAAAUAUUUUGAUGUUAAAAUGUUUUCUAUGCAAAGUUUCGUUAAUAAGCUGUGAUUCGUUAACCUUUUGUCUGAAGCACCAAAAACAUAUGUUACUGUUAAUAUUUUUGUUACAGCUGAUAUUUUUGUUACGACCUGUGGCCAAAUAUGUAUGCCUGUUAAUUGUUGUCAAUCAGUUGAUAUUUCUUUAGAAUAAAGCCUUCAUUUCCUGAUGAUAAAAUUGGCAAUCGACCAAUAUAAAUCUGUGAAUCGGGCCACAAUAAAUCAAUACUUUUGAUAACGGUUACCUGACCGACUAAAAAAAUUCUGCGAACGCGAAACUUUUCCCGUGGUAAUUUUGUUGUUCGUUAUAGAAUUGAUUUGAUAUUUCUUAGAAUAAAACCCUAAUUUCCAAACAAUAAUAUUUGCAUUGUCCUCCGUCAAAUACAAAUAUUAAUCAUUUUACCAGGCCCCAAGAAACAAAUAGUCUGUUUGAUGUUACCUGACCACUUGACAAAAAUAUCUACGGUAUGAUCCCAAAAGUUUUAUUAACAUCUGGAAACAUUUUUUUCAAUUUAUGUCUCUUUUCUGCUCAUAGAGCUAUUAUUGCUGUAAAGUUGUGUCCUGCUUAAGUUAUUAUGUCAUAUGAAUAUUAUAGAUCAUGCUGUAACUAUGGCAUCGUUUGUUACCCAUUUUAUCGUAUAAUUUAUAUCUGUUUGAUGUUUCUGUGUGUGUACAGUCUGAUUUUUACUAUAAUGUAUGAUAAGAGAAAGUGCGUUUGUAUGUUAUUGGACAGCGGACAAUAAAACUACAUCCUAAA